GCCUGUGUGAACCUGGACCCAUACUGUCCUCAUGUCACUUCCUCUAUGUGUGUCCUUGUUGUCUCCAUCUAUGGUUUAGUUGCCAAUAGGUUGGUUUUGAAAAUAGAGUAAACACUGCAGCCAAGUGUUAGAAUUCACUUGUAAACUCCACUCUCAGCGCUGAAAAGAAAAACUGUGGAAAUCAGGCAGCCCAGUAACAGAGCCAGGGGUGUCCGUGUAACAUCAGUGGGGUGAGUAUUUAUCACGGUGAGGGGGGUAGUAAGUGCACUUACAUAUUUUCUCACCGAGAAACAGUUAUUUGGAAAGGAAGAUGCCACAAAAAGAUAAGGCUGUGUUUGAGCCUUGUUGUCAAGAUUCGUGCAGAGCAAACCGAUUACCUGUCCUGAGUGAAGCGUUGCAGCUGAAGGCCAGACACGGUGCCAGAUCUCUUUGGAGAGAUAAAGCAGUCGGAGGCCCUGUGCGUGCUCUAAGGGUUUUGGGACUGCUGCUAAGGCAGGUGUCAUCGUUUAAAUGCAAGUGUUUUUGUCGCUGGUAAUAAAAUAAUGAUGCAUCUUAAUCAUUGAAGUCUUGGAUUUGAUGAAAUCCUUUAAGUGGCUGAUGUAGUUUCAAACCCAAGCAGCCCAGCUCCAGAAUUUCACCGAUAUCCGCUCCCCUCCCGGCCUUUCCUUAGCUUUAUGGGAAAACAUUUGCAGGGUGUAAAGGGGUUUAUAAAUCAAUUUUUAGAACAUAGCUUGGUUGAUCGUGAGAGCAUGACAUCUUUACUGAAUGCUGGCUGUCAUAUUUAAAGAAGACUUUUCUGCAAUUCCCAGUGCUUUGUGACUUGAGUUAAAAUAUGUAUUUUUGCCAUGUUACAGUUUAUCAUCCAAUUGACCCACCAAAUGGCAAGUUGUACUGUUUGAUUUCAUUCCUGACAGGGAAUUCAGGAAGUGCUUCCUAUCAACAAGAUGACCACAACUCUUGGGGUUGGUGGAGGUAUCCCCCCAUCCUCUAGUUUCAAGCUAACUGAGAGAGACCAGCACAAGUGCCAGACAAAUGGGGAUUAAAAUGCUGGAAUUGGGAUAAAUACCCCAUCAGAAGUCACAGUACAGGUGGAUGUCCAUGUAGGAUUGCCAACAGGUCACCCCUGCAUUUUCCAGACUUUCCACCUGGCUCAGUGCCACAGCCCAGCCACUGAAGUGUCCUUACUAUGGGGGUGGGAGGGGGCUGAUCAAAAUGCAUGUAUUUUAUGUAUUUUGAAAACAGGCUGGUUUUGCAAAGAAACAGAGAAAAAUAGCCCAGUUAGCAGGCUUGUUUCCUUCUUCUCUCUGGGGAGGGUCAGGGACGGAGCACCCAGGACCAUCGUUUCAGUGGAAGUGCCUUCCCUGGGAUGGGAGCUUGAGGCCAUGGAGGGGGUCCUUGCUUAACAGCCCUGAGCAUUAAUGUCUACUCUACCUGACACAGAUUUCUGAGUUUUUGUUCUAGCUCAGGUGUGACUCACCUGGUUUGGCUGAAUGGGGUUGCUGGUGAGGUUGCAUUUAACAUUCAUUGCAAAACGAUUACCACAGCUUCAUUAACAUCCAUCUUUUAUUGUUGUACGUUUGUCUAACUAGUGUCGGUUUUUUUUUUUUCCUAACACUGCUGAAUUCCUAGUAGGUCCACAAUAAAGACCUCUCACAUUGUGAGUCACUUCAGGAGUGAAUCUCAGAGGAAACAGUGGGCUUUCGGAUGAUAACUCCAUCUGUUUUCCUUGACUUUUUCUGCACACGAGGCUGGUGGUACUUUUGCAUGUGUAAAUUUUGGCCAACCUGGACGACGUGAAGAUAAACUUAGUCCUAGUGUCCCUUUACGCGUGGAAAAUACAAAUGUGCAAUCAAAACCCUGUAACGUAUGUUUAUUUGUCACCAACUCUGAGGGGCAGCCUUGGAAGAUCACUGGGGGAAAUGCCACACCUGAGCCCUUAUAGGACGGGCGUAGGACUUGCACCCCCUCUAGAGGGCGUCCGUUUGGGGAUUGAGAGACCCCGAGGUGCAUGAGGUGGUGCGGGCAGAAGGGAGUCCCCACUGUGGGGUGCCUCCUAGCUGUUCCCUGGGCCUUUCUCCCCAUCUCCGUUCACCCUUCACUGAAGCUGCUGGCUCUCUUCCUUCCCGUCUGUGUGUCAACGCACCUGUCCACCCUUCCUGACUACCUUUUCUACCUGUCCCCUCAGCCCCAUCUCCAGCCUGAUGACUCUGGAGUACGCAGUUCUGUCCCCUGCAGCCCUGCACAGCUGCUCGUGGGAUGCACGGCCUUGUUUGCAGUUUCAUGGACCUGGGUUGGAGCUCAGGCUUUGCCAGGAACUUGCCAAGCGACCUCAUGCAAAUCACAUUCGUUAUCUCCACAGACCCCAGUUUUCUCACCUGGGAGAGGAUCUCCUGGGACACUGUAGAAUGUGAAUUCUAGGAGAGCCAAGACAGUGAUAAACCUGGCGUUUCCCACCUGUGGAAUGUCCCCGCCUCGGGGACAGCUCCUCAGCUGGCCUCAUGGCUCUGCAGCUCCCCUGACACCUGCCUUGCAUGUAUCUGUUUCAGGGCUGGGAGAGGGCUCUGCCCUCCUUCAUCCGGACAGCAGGUCCCACCCCAGGUCCUUGGAGAAAAGUGCCUGGAGGGCUUUCAAGGAAUCCCAGUGUCACCACAUGCUCAAACAUCUCCACAAUGGUGCCAGGAUCACUGUGCAGAUGCCGCCUGCCAUCGAGGGCCACUGGGUGUCCACCGGCUGUGAGGUGCGGUCGGGCCCCGAGUUCAUCACCAGGUCCUACCGGUUCUACCACAACAACACGUUCAAGGCCUACCAGUUCUACUAUGGCGGCAACCGCUGCACCAGCCCCACCUACACGCUGGUGGUCCGCGGCAAGAUCCGCCUGCGCCAGGCCUCCUGGAUCAUCCGCGGCGGCACCGAGGCUGACUACCAGCUGCACCGCGUGCAGGUCGUGUGCCACUCAGAGGCCGUGGCGGAGCGGCUCGGCCAGCUGGUCAACCGCACGUGCCCUGGCUUCGUGCCCGCCGGGGGUCCCUGGGUGCAGGACGUGCCCUACGACCUGUGGCGGGAGGAGGGCGGCCGCGAGUGCACCCGGGCCGUGAACUUUGCCAUGCACGAGUUGCAGCUGGUCCGCGUGGAGAAGCAGUACCUGCAGCACAACCUGGACCGCCUGGUGGAGGAGCUCUUCCUGGGUGACAUCCACACUGACGCCUCCCAGAGGAUGUUCUACAGGCCGUCCAGCUACCAGCCCCCGCUGCAGAAUGCCAAGAACCACGACCACGCCUGCAUCGCCUGCCGCAUCAUCCACCGGUCGGACGAGCACCGGCCGCCCGUGCUGCCCCCCAAGGCGGACCUGACGGUGGGCCUGCACGGCGAGUGGGUGAGCCAGCGCUGCGAGGUGCGGCCCGAGGUCCUCUUCCUCACGCGCCACUUCAUCUUCCACGACAACAACCACACCUGGGAGGGGCACUACUACCACUACUCCGACCCCGUGUGCAAGCAUCCCACCUUCACCAUCUACGCCAAGGGUCGCUACAGCCGCGGCGUGCACUCCGCCAGGGUCAUGGGCGGCACGGAGUUUGUGUUCAAAGUGAACCACAUGAAGGUCACCCCCAUGGACGCGGCCACUGCCUCGCUGCUCAAUGUCUUCAACGGGAACGAGUGCGGGGCCGAGGGCUCCUGGCAGGUGGGUGUCCAGCAGGACGUGACCCACACCAAUGGCUGUGUGGCACUGGGCAUCAAACUACCUCACACGGAAUACGAGAUCUUCAAGAUGGAGCAGGAUGCCCGCGGCCACUACCUGCUCUUCAAUGGCCAGAGGCCCAGCGACGGCUCCAGCCCGGACAGGCCCGAGAAGAGAGCCACAUCCUACCAGAUGCCCUUGGUCCAGUGCGCCUCGUCGGCGCCCAGGGCUGAGGACUUCUCUGAGGACUCCGGGCAGCAUCAGCACCGGAGCUGGGCACCCGGGAGCGGCCCGUGUCCCCUGCUGCUGGCUGGGCUCGCUGGCCUUUGGACUCUGCAGCCCUGGCACAGUCUUGGAUAGAAGCGCUUACAGAGUUUGAUUUUUCCAAACCAGGAUGCCUUACAAUUUACAGAUUUUCUUUACAAAAAGAAAAGACACUUCUUCCUCGGAUGCACUUGAGCGGCUGAGAACAGUCCUUCUCCCCGCCUGGCCCCCGCCCGCCUGGCCUGAGUCAUGAGCUGUUUGAAGUCUUGGCUUUGAACUCCAUCCAGUCGGAUCCCGGGCCCGGGCAUCCUCACCAUAUAAUUGCACUUUAAGACCGCAGAGAGUUUGAGGCGAGCGUUUUGGCAGAGGGAACAGGGUGAGAGCUCGAUCUUCUUUUCUUCCUCUUCAUUAUUAUUGCAUUUCGGGGGGGAACUUAGGAGAAACAGAUAUCAGCUUCAGCUUUUCCUUCUGCUUCACUGCGGUUGCUUUCCGCUCCUUUGAGCCUGUUUCACUCUCCGAGUUUUCCAACCUGGAAUGCAGUGCAGAGUUGGUUUGGGACUGCGAUCCAGACACCUCUGAUUAAAUAAAGAAGAGAUAGGGGUGCAGGACAAGACACUGGUGUAACGGAACCACCUUGACAGCUUUAUGCAAAAAGAGAGCAAAUCCACACUUUCAAAUGUUGAAAACUAUCUGUAAUUAAAGUUUCAGAGUCAUUUAAACUUUGGUUGUUUUAACUUGUUGGGAGAUGUUGGUGCUGGUCUCUGGGCGGCUGCAGGAUGCACGCUGCUCUUACCUGCCCGGGGGACAGGGUGGUGGAGUACGUGUCAGAUGGAGGCUGUCCCGCUACAGAUGGACAGGAGCAGCAGUGCAGGGAGGGUGACGGUGCAUGAUGGUGACCUGAGUGACACAGUGCCCAUUUGGUCUGGCCUCAUCUCCGUGGGACCCCAUCCCGGCUUACGUCGUGUCUGGAGCUUCACUCUGCCAUCUCUGUCACUUCAAAGACCAAGACUCAGAGGCCACGCGUGGGCGCCACGGGCGUGGCUGUGCAGAGAAGGCGGUGGGGGGAUCCUAGCCGGGUGCCCCACGAGACCAUCCACCCUCCUCGCGGGACGGGCCGGCCCGACCCAGCUCUGUCACUGCAGAGGGUCUCAGGGCACCUUCUACAGAGUCUGUGAGGGUGCGUGAGUCACGUCUGCAUGUCACUUUGGAUUAUUACGAAUGGUGCGCUCAGGACACCAAAGGUGGUUGCCAGGGGAGACCGAUGGAGGGAAAUGGUGAGUAACCGACAGAAAGCCUGGACAUAACUAAAGACCAGUGUGGAAACCACGGUCAAGGUCUAGAGUCACACCUAUAUUUAAGAGUUACCUUUACGAGAUGCUGUGAUGUUAAGUUAUAAGUGGGGUGUGGAGGACCACAGUGCUUUAUCUCUAGAUGAUAUUUUACGUUGUGGUUGAGGGGGUUUAUUCAAAUGAAAGUACUAACUUAAUGUCUGCCAAGUUUAAUAAACAGAGAU